GAACUCGAAAUCGUUCUAUUGUCGGGGGUGCCAUUGCUAUUGUCCGUAGCUCCAUCACCCUCCAUGUUCCUCAAGCGGGACAUUUUGAGCUACGAGUGACCUAUUUGUACUGGUCGGUCUUGAAGCAGGCUAUUAUGAGGAGGCAAGGAAACUUCGCGGAACCAGUAGCCAGCGCAUUCCUGGCCGGGCAACAGAUACAGAACCAAUCUAGCCAGCGGAUGGAUCAUAAUACACACUCGGAUUUUCAAGGUCAGUUAGAGGCUUUCACGCCCGAGAGGGAGCAACCCUAUUCCGAUUCACAAGCAGAUGGCCAAUGGAGAUGGGAACGAGAAGGUCCGAAUAUGUCGUCGAGGCUAAUGACGUCAUCCAUUUACAACGAAGCUCAAGCUGUUGAUUCGUCAAGAUCGUAUUAUCGGAACCAAAUGGAGCCGAAAGUGGGAAUGGAGAAGCAGGGAAGUGACCUCAGGGCCCAAUCUCUCCAAGAGGACCCGAAUAUCGGUUAUGUGCAGACCUUCGAAGGCCUUGAACAGAAGUUCAUGGAUGAUAUAACGAGAUUAGCAAAGGAGCAAAUUGAAGCUGAGGAUGCAGAGAUUGCCAGACAUAGAGAGAAGAUAAACACAAUUAAUGCCCGGUAUCAAGAACAGUUAGAUGCUCUCAGGGCACGACAUGCAGCUAAGAGAGACGAGAUCCUGAGGAAAGAAUCGCAAUCUCGUCAGCAAAAAUACAACCAGCAAGCAAUAGCGGUGAUGAAGGAGGAGCAGUAUCAACGUGAACCGAUGCCACCUGUUCAUCCCCACAGCUACAUUGGCAAUGUUCAAGAUCCAGUUGCCGUCGUGGCCGAUGCACCGUCCAGACCCUAUGGCUCGGAUCAGUUCGCAGAGAGGGCUCGGUUUCAGGGUGGCACCAGAGAUCGCGGGUUCAAUUCCAGAGGUCAGUUUCCUGGUGGUGGGAAUGUUUACGACUCUGGCUCACGGUUCUACUGACGAAAUUUGCCUGAAUAUAUAAAUAUAAUGUGGAUUAAAUCUUUUGAUAUGAAGAAGAAAGUUAUCGACUUUCGUACUCUUUGUAGCGUAGAAGUUGGACACUGCUUCCAUUGAUGGGAUUGAGAGGUGAAAUUAGGGUUCUUGAGGGGCCUUGUUGUUGCUGUAGCCAGGAUUUGUUGGUUCCUAUGCUAUGCUUUUAUUUUUAUCCGAAUAAAGAAGCGUCAAUGCCGAACA